AUGGUGACAGCAGCCAGAUUUGCCCUCCUGCUGCUGGGCUGCGUGGGGCUCCUGCAGCCAGCCGGUGCCCGGUACAUAGACUACUGCCCCCAGGGCUGGUCCUACUACAAGCUCAGCUGCUUCAAGUACUUCAGUCAGCCUCGGAACUGGGAGGAGGCUGAGAAACACUGCCAGGCCAGCCAUGCUGAUGCCCACCUGGCUUGGGUGGAGGAGCCCCAGGAAGCAGCCACCUUGCGGAAAGCCAUCUCCUACUACCAGCGAGUGCAGCCUGUCUGGCUCGGCCUGCGCUACGGGCAGGAGAGCCGGGCCUGGCAGUGGGCAAGUGGGAGCAAGUACAGCAUCAGCAAUGGGCUGGCUGGGAACGGUGCCCAAGGGGGAACCUGCGGCGUGCUGACCCACCUCAGCGGCUUCACCGUGUGGUCCAGCACAGACUGUGCCCAGAAGCAUCACUACAUCUGCAAGUUCACCCCCUCGCAAUGAGCGCGGCCCCUGCGCGACACCCGCCGG